GAGAAAUGCGUCAGUUAAACGCCUGAACACCAUCAGAAUCACCAUAACACGUGAUGUCGGUGAGAAUGGCUGCUCCUCUUACUCUGGUGCUUCUGCUCAUGAUACACAGAGUUUAUGGUCAGUCUGGUUAUGAUGUGAGUUACAGCUCUACAAACAUCUGCGCACUAAAGGGCUCAACAGUGACAAUGGGCUGCACUUUUAGACAUCCUUAUGGAAGUUAUGUCAGUAAGGCAUUCUGGACCAAAUUCCCUGUAAUAGGUAGAGAGUAUCUAGAUCUGUUUGUGGACCCUGAAUACCGUCAGAGGCUUCAGUAUCUGGGAGAUAAACAGCAGAACUGUGCUGUAAGACUAAGUGAUUUGACAUACAAUGAUGAACACCAGUAUUAUUUCGGAUUCAUUACUAACAAAGAUGCCAGUUGGAUUGGCACUCCAGGGGUGUUUCUCUCUGUCACAGAUCUUCAGGUAGAGUCUCCUGAGAGAGUGAAAGAGGGAGAUUCAGUCAGUCUGACAUGUAAAACCAGCUGUGAACUGACGGACACACCAACAUUCAUCUGGUACAGAAACUCAGAGACAUUAAUUAAAGGGAGUGUUCAAAAUGAAAUCAUCUUCAGAUCAUUCACUAGAGGACAUGCAGGCUACUAUAGCUGUGGUGUGCAGGGACACAAGUACAUCUCUCCUGCUGUUUAUCUUGAUGUCACAUUGCAGCAAGGUGCUUCGAGAAAAAGGAGUGUGAUCGCAGUGACGUGUGGAGGAUUAUUCAUCGUUAUACUACUAUUUAUGAUACGAAUGAAAAGGAUGAACAGAAGAUCUGCAGUAAACGAAUACGAGAAUGUUGAUCUCAGUGCAAACACAUAUGCAGGUCUUGACCCCCAGUCCAGAUCACCUGACCUGUACAACACACUCACUACUCCCAGCCCUGCUGCUCACCAGACGAGCUCUUCUGAAUAUGAGAAUAUGUCAGCAAAUGGGAGAUCAGCAGUAGAUCUUCAUUAGUCAUCAGAGAAUAAACAACAUUUAGUGAACAAAAAUUUAAACUAAGACUAAAACAAUUGGUCAAAAAACAUUAUCAUCAACUGAAAUGAAAUGUAAAAAUUCACACUAAGUA